UAAAUAUCAGGUAACACAUUUGUUUUUAUGUGUACUGUUCGGUAUUAGAUAAUGCAAAGUGAACCUAGAUUUUAUGACGUUAUAGUGGUAGGGGCAGGGAUAGAGGGUUCCUCCACAGCAUAUUCCCUGGCGAAAAAUGGGAAAAGGACUCUUUUACUUGAACAGUAUGCCUUACCUCAUAGCAAUGGCAGUUCACACGGGAAAUCACGUGCAGCCGAGAGGGCUUUUGGAAAUAGAGACAUUUAUGUGCACAUGACGAAUGAAUCCUUCAAACUUAUAGAAGAACUAGAGGAAGAAUGCGGGGAACAACUUUUCAUAAACUGUGGUUGGCUAACGUUUGGCGAAAAAGGCGAUGCAUUGGUAUCUCAGACAGAGCAGAGUUUAAAACGUUAUAAAUUUCCGUAUAACAAAUUUGAUGCAGAGGAACAAAGAAAAAUGUACCCGAAUUUGUCACUUCCGAAUAACUUCGAAUGUUUACUGGACAGAAGUGGAGGAGUUCUCAAGGCGGACAAAAUGUUAAAAGUUUAUCAGGAUCAGUUUGUACACUAUGGCGGUGUUCUUCUUGAUGGUGAACAAAUGGUAGAUCUUCAUCUUGGUUCGACUGUAUCAGUUGAUACAAACAAUGGUGUAUACAAGUCACGUGCUGUUGUCUUGACCUUAGGCCCUUGGGCUGCAAGGUUUCUUCCAAAAAUUGGUAUCAAUGUUCCUUUACAGCCAGUGAAGAUAAACGUUUACUACUGGAAAGAGCGGAACGGACACGCCUUAACAACUGAAACAUUUCCGGCAUUUUUCACUAAAUGUGAUGGAGGUAAUACUACAGUUGGAGGCAUGCCAAGCAUUAAAUACCCAGGACUUCUGAAGAUAUGUCUGUCACCUGGCACUUGUAUCGACCCUGACAGUAAGGAUGAAGUUGACUAUAAAGGCAUGUUGGAGAAAAUGAAACGUUUUACGACAACACAUUUUCCAUCAUUAGAAGAAGAACCAAGAAAUAUGGAAACUUGUUAUUACACGAACACUCAAGAUGGAGAUUACAUACUUGAUGUGCAUCCUGACUGGAAAAAUGUUGUGAUUGGUGCUGGAUUUUCAGGACACGGAUUUAAACUGUCCCCGGUAAUUGGAAAGAUACUUGGACAGUUAGCCACCGAACAGACGCCUUUCUGUGAUCUGUCAUCUUUCCAGAUUAACAGAUUCUGAAAAACUUAAAAUCUGAAAAGAGAAAGAUAAGAUAUGUUUAUAUAUAUAUAUUUAUCAAGAACAGUUACGUACAUUUUCAAUUUGCCCACAAUUGUAUUGCGAAAUUCGUUCAAAUAACCAGAUAUAAAAACAAACAAUUAUCACAUAUAUUCUUCCUUCAGAUGUGCAGGUAUAACAAGAAACAAUAAUGACGUAUAUUCUUUAUUUGUAUAUAAUUAUGUUGCAGUUGUGUACAGGUAUAGGGAGCAGCUUUGGCAACAAGCUCUUCAUAAUAUCAAAUGUUUAAAUUAAAACGUAAGUAAUA